CUCGCUGCUGAGGUUCCUUAGCGCUGAACUAACGCGAGGAUACUUCCUCGAGCACAAUGAGGCCAAGUACACAGAGAGAAGAGAGAGAGUGUACACUUGUAUGCGAAUCCCCAGGGAAUUGGAAAAGCUCAUGAUUUUUGGCAUCUUUCUGUGCCUGGACGCAUUUCUGUACGUGUUCACGCUGCUCCCCCUCAGAGUCUUCCUGGCCCUGUUCAGGCUCCUCACACUGCCCUGCUACGGCUUCAGGGACAGACGUUUGCUCCAGCCUGCCCAGGUGUGUGACAUUCUGAAGGGUGUCAUCCUGGUGAUGUGCUACUUCAUGAUGCACUAUGUUGACUACUCCAUGAUGUACCACCUGAUAAGGGGCCAGUCAGUCAUCAAGCUCUACAUCAUCUACAACAUGCUCGAGGUAGCAGACCGUCUGUUCUCAUCAUUCGGACAGGAUAUACUAGAUGCUCUCUAUUGGACAGCCACAGAGCCUAAAGAAAGAAAGCGAGCCCACAUCGGGGUGAUCCCUCACUUCUUCAUGGCCGUCCUCUAUGUCUUUUUGCAUGCGAUCCUUAUAAUGGUUCAAGCUACAACCCUCAACGUAGCUUUUAACUCACACAACAAGUCACUGCUUACUAUCAUGAUGUCUAAUAACUUUGUUGAAAUUAAGGGAAGCGUUUUCAAGAAGUUUGAAAAAAACAACCUCUUCCAGAUGUCCAACAGCGACAUUAAGGAGCGAUUCACCAAUUACGUGCUUUUGCUAAUAGUGUGUCUGAGGAACAUGGAGCAGUUUUCCUGGAAUCCAGAUCAUCUCUGGGUGUUGUUUCCAGACGUCUGUAUGGUGAUCGCGUCUGAAAUCGCCGUGGACACUGUGAAGCAUGCCUUCAUCACCAAGUUCAACGACAUCACUGCAGACGUCUACAGCGAAUACAGAGCCAGCCUUGCCUUUGACCUCGUUAGCAGCCGGCAGAAAAAUGCUUAUACCGACUACAGCGACUCUGUGGCCCGGAGGAUGGGGUUCAUUCCGCUCCCGCUGGCCGUCUUGCUCAUCAGAGUCGUCGCGAGCUCAGUGAGAGUGCAAGGGGUCUUGUCGUGCGCCUGCGUCACCCUUUUCUACUUGGGUGCAGUCGAGGUGACCGCACGUCACCCCGCCGGGCCCUGGCAUCCUGAGCACGGAGCCAGCUGGCAAGGACCUGAAGUCCAGCAACGUCGUGUUAGGGCUCGGGUUUCUGGAAGGGGCCCGCUGGGCGGGAAGCCGCCCCGCGACGUGGCCACAGAAGAGCCCUCUGAGUGCGCCCUGAGUGUGCCGCGGGCUCUCACCGGCUUUCUUGAGUCAGGUCGCCGGCGCCUGUGCUCGGCAGCCUGCACGGUAAGCUCGCGUCGGCGGCCGCGAAGUCCGUUUCUGACGUGGGUCUGUUCUUCCACAGAAGAGACCCUGUCCGCUUCCGUCACCAGCCAGCCGCCCCACCCGAAGGACAGCGUCGUGCCGUUACUUGUGACCAGCAACUCCGACCAGUUUCUGACCACCCCGGACGGCGACGAGAAGGACAUAACACAGGAGAACUCUGAACUAAAGCACAGGUCCUCCAAGAGAGAUCUGCUAGAGAUAGACAGGUUCACAAUCUGCGGGAACCGCAUUGACUGACCCGCGGCCGCGCGCCCAGGGGCCGCGUCCCGACUGCGGGACGGACAGAGGCUGCGGGUGGCGCGUCGAUAUUUAUUUAAAAACUUAAAUUAUUGAGAGCGAAUCUUAGUAUCUUUCUUCCAUGCGUGGGGCCGGCCGGAGGUGGUGGCCGAGCGCCUGCGAGCGCCCGGUCCCCGGCGGGUCGGCCGCGUCCCACCUCCCGUAGCUGCGCUUCCAGACGGCCCGGCCGCCCGCCCGCCCGGACACCGGCACCGCCCCGCCGGGAGCGACUUCCUCUGCCAAAGCAUAAACAGAAAUAAUUACACUGAAGAUAAAUGUCCUUGCCACCAGAGCCACCCUUGAAGAUGUAUCUGAAUUAAUCAGAAUAAAAGACUCCCUUAAACAUGACAUGAUGAAUAGUAGCAUUUUAUGGAAAAAGAAAGAUCUUCCUUAAGCCAGCUUGGCGAUUUGAAACGUGCGUUCACGGAGGUCCCGCAUCGCUGAGGAACGGUUCCAGGAUUUGUCGGUUUCCUCUUGUCAGCAAAGCGUGAGCUGUCGCAGCACGGCAGCGGGGACAUUAGACCCUUACAGAAAGGCACUUUGUACACUGAGCAGUGCUGACGUCAGGUCCGGCGACCCGGUUUCGCUUUACAGCCGGCGGCGUCACGCACCGUGGGCAGGACCGGAGGCGUCCACGCGGCGGGGAGCCGGAGGGGACACCCUGGAGGGCGUGCAGAGCCCCCCCGCCUCGUGUCGCGUGUGGGGGCGCCUGGGCUGCCUGUGUCUGCUGGCUGUGGGGUGCCUGUGGGGGGGGUGUGGCGAGAGGAGCUGUGGGCGGCGGGGGCAGGCGCCACCCAAGGGGCUUCUGGCGCUGUGCGUGCCACGUCAGGGCUGGUCACCGCCACCGCCAGCCCGCACGGCCCCCCGCGGUGUGCUCAUGAAGGUUUCCCCACCUCUCGCUGCAGCGUGCGCGGGUGACUUCAGCGCUCUGCCACGUGUCAGGCGGAGCAGGCACAGAAAGUCAGUCUUAGGCGAUUUGGCUCUUUCCUGGGUGAAAUUUGAAGCGAGUUUGAAUGCUGUACCUUGUUCACUCGAAAUGCAAAAGUGAAUGAAUGUGAAUGUGUUUUGCAUUAACUCAAGACACCUGAAGAUGAAGGUUCACGUGGAGAAAGUGUGCAGCAGCGCUGUGGUGGAGCUAGAGAGCAUUCUAAGUUGCAGUGACUUUUUAAUUGCGUUGUGUAUGUUUCCGUGAGGCCCCAUGUUAAUUGUUCCUCAUUUUUUUUUUUCCAUCUUCCCCGUCAAAAGAAACAGCGUCCACGGUGAAUGUGAAUGGUCUGGGGGAAACUUUGCCAAACUGCCCUGACAGAGCACGAGUAGGACUUGGGUUUGUCUUCCGUUUCAGCUUGAAUUAUUCUGUUACAGUGCUGUCAUUUUUGGAAGAGUUUUCAUUGCCUUUGCAGAAUAUAUUGGGAAAUUGGAACAAUGUUCAUUUCUCCUGUUAAAAUGGCAUUCAAUACUAAUUUUAUAAGUGCAUCUUGUGUGAAACUCAAUAAAUUCAAUUUUGUAAUCUUUUUUAAAAAGGUCACUGAAUCUAUUUGAGUAAUGUUUUACAUUUGCUGGCGUGAAUUUUCCAAUCUAUACAAGAAUUUGUUUCUAAUUUACAGGUGAUAGGGCUACAGGUGUAAGUUACGCUUUGGACUUGAUAUUAGCAAGAUGCUUGAUUGCUUUUGAGGCAGCAAUAACAAGGAAACAGGCCGAGCCUUGCUCACCGCCCGAGUGUCUCAGCAAGUGAAGCGGCUGCCGUCACCAGGUUGCCUCCCAUGUCCCUCCGUACGCUUUCACAGCCGAGGCAGGUCCAAGACAGGGCUUUGCGCUAAAUCUGAGGCGCCAGCGACACGUCAGACUCUCCGAGGGUUUCCUCUGGAGUAGGACUAACACCACGCGUCUUUCAGGAGCACUUGCCUUGUGGGCCCUGGCCGGCCUUUGGAUUCUCCUUUCCCUGUGCUGGCGGAGACAAGGUCUUGGGACCAAAUGAUCUCUCAGGCUUAUUUUCCAGUUCAAAAAUAAAUAGCCUUUCUGUCACCUUUUCAUGUAAAUCUUUUUUUUUCCUGUUGGGUUUGCAUAAAAUAAUUACGUAGCAGUUUCACAGUUUGCUUGCAAACUCAAACAAGGAAAUACUCUCC